UCGGGGAGAACUCUUCUCCUGUGACGCUCCCCUGGCGAGGAGGCCGCUGAAGGGGGGACGGGCUGUGACGCGAAGAAACCUCCAGGGGGAGCCCGCGGCAAGGCCGCAGCGGGCCCUGGCUACCGGGAGCCCGCUGGGCCCGUUCCUUCUCUCUCUUCCUCUCUAUCGCUCCCUCUCUCUCCCUCCGCCCCCACGUUCUCUGGCUUGCGUCACGCCCCGCCUGCGUCACCCGGACAAGAUGGAGACCGCCGAGGAAGACAUAUGCAGGGUAUGUCGAUCUGAAGGAACUCCUGAGAAACCUCUCUAUCAUCCAUGUGUAUGCACUGGCAGUAUUAAAUUCAUUCAUCAAGAAUGCUUAGUUCAGUGGCUCAAACACAGCAGAAAAGAAUACUGUGAAUUAUGUAAACAUAGAUUUGCUUUCACACCAAUUUAUUCCCCAGAUAUGCCUUCUCGGCUUCCAAUCCAAGACAUAUGUGCUGGACUGGUUACAAGUAUUGGCACAGCAAUACGAUACUGGUUUCACUAUACACUUGUGGCCUUUGCAUGGUUAGGAGUUGUACCUCUUACAGCAUGCCGUAUCUACAAGUGCUUGUUUACUGGCUCUGUGAGCUCACUACUGACACUGCCAUUAGAUAUGCUGUCAACAGAGAAUUUACUGGCAGACUGUUUGCAAGGUUGUUUUGUGGUGACGUGCACACUCUGUGCAUUUAUCAGCCUUGUAUGGUUACGUGAACAAAUUGUCCACGGAGGAGCACCACAGUGGCUGGAACAAAAUCAGCAGCAAGCCAUCAAUGGUGUUGGGCAACAGAAUGAGGUUCAGGGUGUUGGAAAUGGUGGAGCUGAAAAUGCUGCACUUGACCAGCCUGCAGACCAGCCAGCUGAGAAUGCAGUUGUAGGUGAAAAUCCAGAAAUCCAGGAAGAACAACCAGAUGAAGAAGAGGAAGACAAUGAAGAUGAAGAAGAUGUUGUAGUAGAAGAUGCUGCAGGUGCCAACAAUGGCGGGCAAGAUGAUAUGAACUGGAAUGCUUUGGAAUGGGAUCGAGCAGCUGAAGAGCUUACAUGGGAGAGAAUGCUUGGACUUGAUGGAUCCCUGGUUUUUUUAGAACACGUAUUCUGGGUGGUGUCAUUAAACACACUGUUCAUACUUGUCUUUGCGUUUUGUCCCUAUCAUAUUGGUCACUUCUCUAUUGUUGGGCUAGGCUUUGAAGAAUAUGUUCAAGCAUCUCACUUUGAAGGCCUAAUCACGACAAUAGUUGGCUAUGUACUGCUGGCAGUAUCACUAAUAGUUUGUCAUGGCUUGGCAGCACUUGUAAAAUUUCAGAGAUCACGUCGCUUGCUUGGAGUGUGCUAUAUAGUUGUCAAGGUGUCAUUGUUAGUGGUGGUAGAAAUUGGUGUUUUCCCCCUCAUCUGUGGCUGGUGGCUGGACAUAUGCUCUCUGGAAAUGUUUGAUGCUACUUUGAAGGAUAGAGAAUUGAGCUUUCAGUCAGCCCCCGGCACUACAAUGUUCCUACACUGGCUAGUGGGAAUGGUGUAUGUCUUCUACUUUGCUUCCUUCAUUCUCUUGCUGAGAGAGGUACUGAGACCUGGCGUCCUCUGGUUUUUGAGGAACUUAAAUGAUCCAGACUUUAAUCCAGUUCAAGAAAUGAUUCACCUGCCUAUUUAUAGACAUCUCAGGAGGUUUAUUUUAUCAGUGAUUGUCUUCGGAUCGAUCGUCUUGCUCAUGCUUUGGCUUCCUAUACGAAUUAUUAAAUAUCUGCUGCCUCAUUUUCUUCCAUAUAAUGUAAUGCUCUACAGUGAUGCUCCUGUGAGUGAACUUUCCCUAGAACUACUUUUGCUUCAGGUGGUGCUUCCAGCUUUGCUUGAACAAGGACACACAAGGCAGUGGCUGAAGGGUCUUGUACGAGCAUGGACUGUUACUGCCGGGUACUUACUGGAUCUGCAUUCUUACUUACUCGGAGACCAGGAAGAGAAUGAAAACAAUGCAAACCAACAGCCUAAUAACCAACCUGCUCGCAAUAAUAAUGCCAUUCCAGUUGUGGGAGAAGGUCUUCAUGCAGCCCACCAAGCCAUACUACAACAAGGAGGACCUGUUGGCUUUCAACCUUACCGUCGGCCUUUAAAAUUUCCACUCAGGAUAUUUUUGUUAAUCAUUUUCAUGUGUAUAACACUACUGAUAGCAAGUCUUAUCUGCCUAACGUUACCAGUAUUCGCUGGCCGUUGGCUGAUGUCCUUUUGGACAGGGACCGCCAAAAUCCAUGAACUGUACACAGCUGCUUGUGGGCUCUAUGUUUGCUGGCUUACCAUUCGGGCGGUGACGGUGCUUGUUGCUUGGAUGCCACAGGGCCGCCAAGUGAUUUUUCAGAAAGUUAAGGAAUGGUCCCUCAUGAUAAUGAAGACAUUAAUAGUUGCUAUAUUGCUGGCAGGUGUAGUUCCACUUUUGCUUGGACUUUUGUUUGAGCUGGUUAUUGUUGCUCCUUUGAGAGUUCCCCUGGACCAGACACCGCUAUUCUACCCAUGGCAGGACUGGGCUCUUGGUGUUCUGCAUGCCAAAAUAAUUGCUGCCAUAACUCUGAUGGGCCCUCAGUGGUGGCUGAAAACUGUUAUUGAACAGGUUUAUGCAAAUGGAAUUAGGAAUAUUGACUUACACUUCAUAAUACGGAAGCUUGCAGCGCCUGUUAUCUCAGUUCUGUUGCUUUCUCUUUGCGUACCUUACAUCAUAGCUUCUGGUAUUGUACCUUUACUAGGUGUCACUCCUGAAAUGCAAAACCUAGUGCAACGUCGAAUUUAUCCUUUUCUGCUCAUGGUGGUGGUUUUGAUGGGGAUCUUAUCUUUCCAGGUCCGUCAGUUCAAGCGCCUUUAUGAACACAUUAAAAAUGACAAGUACCUUGUUGGGCAGCGACUUGUGAAUUACGAAAGGAAAACUGGAAAACAAGGGACACCAGCCCCACCCCCUCAGUCUUCACAAGAAUAGAAACGCUCACAUGGAAUUACUUGAUCUUCCCUUGCCUUUGUGUCCUUUUUCAUUGACUGGUCUUCAUUCUUUGGGUGUCUUUCCCAACAAUCCUCUCAGCUGGGUUCUUAUCUUUUAAUUUUGGCUUACUUUUUUCAUGGCGUUCAGAAAGCAGUCAAGGCUGUGCACCUUUUACCUGCAACUUCUGAAGUUAUCAGCGCUGAGAUCUGUAAAUGUGUAAAUAGCAAUACCCUAAUACCCUGAAUUAAAAAAUGAAUGUUCAUUGUACAUCUUUAAAAGAAUAUUAAUUUAUUAAAUCUAGUUGCCACUUUGUUUUGGACUGCUGUUCUGUUGACAUAUGUGCCACAAAGCAAUACUGCAAGAGGCAAGACACUUUUUUUGGAAAAAAAACAACAGUUGCAUUUUUAUGGUGGCUCUGGCCAUUUCCCAAGUGUCAUUUUUGCAAAGCUGGGGGCUCAUCAAUAUAAAAACAAAAUGACCAUUACAGUCAGCAGUGAAGUGGCUGUGGCAAGAACACAUAAGCUUCAUUUUUUUAUCAUUUUAUAUAACAUCAAAGCUGAUGUAAAUUUUCUAUUGCCUGAUUAUCUUUUUCCAUGUGUAAGUUUAUAAUAUUGUACAGUAACUGGUAAAUCAAGAUGGAUUUUUCUCCUUCAAGCAGUUUUGGCAUUGCUUGUUUGGCUGGAAGGCAUUAAUUCCUUGGCACUGAAAGACAGAAUUUUAAUGAAUUUCUAAGCACUUAAAUCAAAGUUCAUUAGAGCUAAGUGGCAGGAAUACUUAAAUCUGCUAAUUGAGAGGUUUGUGGAAGAAUGCAUUUCCAAUGCAUAAGCCAAUAUUUCCUUUUUACAUCUUUGAAGCUAUACAGUUUAAAUGCUUACAAGGAUUUAUUUACUCUCUAGAGAAUAGUGCAGAAGGUUAUCUGACAAGUUUAUUCAAGAGCACAGAGAACUUAAAGGCUGGAACAUGUUACGAAAGACCCUCCUUUUUUCUUGAGUGGCCUGAAACCUUCUUACAACCAAAGUUGCAAUUUGUACUAUGGACUUUAUACCAUAUCAUAUUAAAAAUGAACAUCUGUAAUUCUAGAAAUGGUUAGCAUUAAUUUUGCAUGGCAGUAAUGCUAGAGGUUUUGGGGGGAAAUUUGUAGAUUCUAUGGGAGAAAACCUUUAUAGUAUUAACAACAGCAGAAAGAGAACCAAAAAUAAAAUAAAGAGCUGAUCUUUACAAUGAUAGCGCUAAGGAAGAGGCCCCCCAAAUCAAGUUCACCAAUUCUCAUAUUUUUAUACGUGUACUUAUUUUCUGCAGGUAGAUAUGCAUUUUUAAUGUAAAUAGUUCUGAGACAGACAAAUGGAACUAUGCCGAAGCUUUAAGUACAGUUCAGUUGUGUGCUUAAAACACACAACAUCCUAUUCAAAAACAGUGAGAAAUUGAUUUAGGUUUAUUGUAUUGAGAAACAUUAAUGCUAUGCAGUUGUGUGGCCAGUCAGGACUGUGUCCUUGAACAUCAUGUAUAUUUAAUUAUGUGUACUGAAUAGAUUACCAAGGAAUUUGUCUACUGUCUUCAGGAUAUGUCUUUGUGCUUGAAAGAAAAAGCAGAAAUAUGUCAAGAGCUGUUCUGGUUCCAUGUUUGGGGGCAGAGGCGGUGGUUAAGAUUUCUGACAAUCUACGCUCAUGCCCAAUAGAAUAGUAGAAUUGUGUAGUGGAAGUGGAACUGGACUAUCCAACUGGACUAUCUAACAAGAGGUCCAUCUUUGGUAUUUUGCAGCAUUACCUCAUUUUAGACAUUCUGGGCUAUAAAAUGUGUUGAUACACUUGAGGUUUAUUUCUAAAUAAAUAUUUCACAAAAUUCCAAAUAAAAAGGGCAUAGUAAUGAGAGAUGGCCAAAAACACUUCUAAUUCACUGUACAAAGAUCUUAAUUUUGAGUCUUUUGUGCCUGAUCCUCUGGGACAUGCAAAUAUUACACAUUUCAAUAUUUAUAAUGGUAUACUUUUCUGUACAGGAGCAUAUUUUACCCCCAAAUACUGCAUUUUCCGGUAAUACAUGUGUUUGGUUGCACAAUUAUCUGUCAUUGAUGGUCUUUGUUUUUGUUUUUAAUAUCCAAGCAGUCUUACCACUGGGAUAUUGCCAGCGAUGCUGUGCUUUUUCCUGUAGCAUUUUGCAGAAAUGCAGUAUCUUGUAAUUUUUGUUUUUAUCCCGGACAACCUGAUCUGCAAAGAUUAUUAAAGUUUAUUAAGAAAAAGCCUUGA